AUGUCAGACAGCGACGAGCCAGACGAGGGCCUGGAGGGUCUGGAGAGUCCCGUGGGAGCAGGCAGUGAGGAGUCUGUGGGGGGCCCGGGGCCGGUGGCGGAGGAUCCUGAGGAGGCCCUGGCCGAGGCGGCAGCGACAGGGCAGGAGCAAAGCAAUCAGGAGCUUAACCGAAGGGAGGAGUCUGCUAUUGGGCCUGUAGCAGGGGAAGCGGUGAGGUUGGGCGAGCAGGCCUUGGUUGUAUAUGAGCCCCAAUUCCCAAUAGUCGAUUUCCGCUUCAUGUUUGAGGGUCUGAUUCGCUCACUGCUGCACCGAAUUUAUUACAACGACCACAUCCUCAUCCGUUCCCGAGGUCGUGUCUUCCUGUACCCACGCCAGGGUACUCCCAGCGACUCCCACUCCAUGUCUGUGCUUUCUGCUCGUCCCAGCCAGGGCCUUGACUUGUCCUUGGUCAACCGGUCGCCCCAACUGCCUGAUAGAGAUUUCAGCUGUACCCUCGGCCUAAGAAUUGACCUGCCCUUGGCUGCCCAGAGGCUCCUGCUGCCUGGUAGUCUUACUUCCGGCCUAGGUCUUGGCCUCACCCUGCCCUUGGCUGGCCGUUCGCCCUUGCUGCCUGAGCUGCUCGAGCUGCCCCUGAAUAUGCCCGCUGUCAGGGCCAUUGAAGCUGCCCGGCCCGCCCUGAUGGGCAUUGAGUCAAUGCCUGCAGACCUGAGCAAGGCCCUGGCGUCCAGCAAGCCCACAGACCAGGCCGCAGCCUCUCAGGACAAGAGAGCUGAGGUUAGCAGUGCCAUUUCUGAGAGGAAUUCCAGAGGGAGUGGGGCACAACAAGAAAACCUGGAGGAAGAAGAGACUCCAGAAAUGACUCAAUAUCAGCCUGACAACUCUGAUGAAGAGACCCAGAAAGCAGAAGAUGAGGAAGAGAAAAAAGCAGGAGACAAGGAGAGAGAAAAUAAAGAGCAGGAGCCUGAAACCGAUCUGGACCCAGAAGAGGGAAGCCCCAGAAAUGUCAGAGGGGAGAAAUAGAAACUAAAGGAUGAGAAAAGAAGCAUGAAGUUCUUCUGCACUGUGUUAAAGCUUUCUUCAUUUUGCUGUAGCCCAAAGGAAUUUUAUCAACGCUGAUUUUAUUCCAAGUUCAU